AUUCAUCGUCGUCGUCGUUUGAUCCAAUUUCUGCUGUCGUUUUCAAUCAAAUCAAUCAGAUCAAAAAAAAUGAAAUUAACCCUUUUAUCGUUGACCAUCAUGAUGAUGGUGGUCAAUAUGACUUUUGGAAUGGAAUUAUUUCGUAUACCAUUACAUCGUCAACAAACAUUACGUUCACGUAUGUUGGAAGUUGGUUCAAAUCUUAAGCUAGCAUUAUUAGAUCAUCAUUUUCAUCAUUGGAAAACAUCAUUUGGUCCAUUUCCCGAACCACUUUCGAAUUAUGCUGAUGCACAAUAUUAUGGUGAAAUUUCUAUUGGGACACCACCGCAAAAAUUUAAUGUAAUAUUCGAUACAGGCAGUUCAAAUCUAUGGGUUCCAUCGAAAAAAUGUAGCUAUACAAAUGUAGCUUGUUUGUUACAUAAUAAAUAUGAUAGUACAAAAUCCACUACAUAUCAACAAAAUGGUACUGCAUUUGAAAUCCGUUAUGGUACUGGUAGUAUGACCGGUUUUUUAAGUACCGAUACACUCCAAAUUGGUGAAAUAAGUGUUAAAAAUCAAACAUUUGCCGAAGCUGUUAAAGAACCAGGCGUUACGUUUAUUUUUGCAAAAUUUGAUGGUAUUCUUGGUUUAGGUUUUGAAACAAUAAGCCAAGAUCAAGUGCCAACUGUUUUCGGUAAUAUGGUCCAACAAGGUUUGGUAAAAGAUCCAGUAUUUUCAUUCUAUUUAAAUCGUGAUGUUAAUGGAAAAAUUGGUGGUGAAAUUAUAUUCGGUGGUUCGGAUCCAAAUUAUUAUGAAGGUGAAUUUACCUAUGUACCAUUGAGUAAAAUUGGUUAUUGGCAAUUUAAUAUGUCAUCAGUAAAUAUUGAAAAUAAAAAUGAUAAAAUUGUUGGUCAUCUUUGUGAAUAUGGUUGUCAAGCGAUUGCUGAUACAGGUACAUCAUUGAUUGGUGGUCCACAUGAAGAAAUUGAUCACCUGAAUAAAGCACUGGGUGCUUUUGGUCCAAUCAAAGGAAUCUAUACAUUUAAUUGUUCGACGAUUGAUAAUCUACCGAAUAUUAUAUUCAAAAUUGGUGGUAAAAAUUUUCCAUUAACCCCUGAACAAUAUGUUAUGAAAAUGGAAACAAUGGGACAAAAAGUUUGUAUAUCAUCAUUUAUCGGUUUACCCGAUCAAAUUGGUAAUCUUUGGAUUUUGGGUGAUGUUUUUAUCGGUUAUUAUUAUACUGAAUUUGAUUAUGGUAAACAACGAGUUGGUUUUGCUAAAACUAAACUUUAAACAAAUCAAAGAGAAUCGAAACAACAACAGCUUUUCUCUCCUUUUUUAUAAUUUUGAUAUUUUGAAAUAAAUAAAA